CUUCAGGGUCACGUGGAGGGGGAGGGGGGUCGGUUGGGGAGGUAGGAAACGGCCCGUGGGGAGGGGAAGAGCUGAAGCUACAAGUGCCCCUUCCCUCCUCUAACCUCCCCCUUUGGCCCACCCCUCACCCUCCCCCUGAUCCCCAAACCCUGACCCCUCAACUCCGACCCUCCCCUCCAUCCCCGUCCCAAACGGAUCCCUGCCCCCUUUGGAGCCCUGCCUUGACCCCUCUUCUUGCCUCUGACCCCUGACCUUUACCCUCACCCCCUGCUCCUGAGCCUCUGCCCCCCCCCCAGCUGACCAGCCUCUGUCUCCCCUGCCUUUGUCCUCUGGCUUUUCCUGGCAGCCCCAGCCCAUGGGAUCUUUCCCUCUGCUGCCUGCUGGCCUCUUCCUUUGUCCCCAGACAGAUAAAGGGGGUGGUCCCAAGAGUUCCCCAUCUCCUUGAGCAUGCUGUCCCCCUGCUCUGUCACAGGCUGCCAUGGAGCACCGGGGGCUGGCCCCCCGACCAGUGCAGCAGGCUGACCGGACAGGCCGCGUCCGGCACCGGAGGACCAAGAGGGAGCGGAACCAGGCCAGGGCCAGCAGAGGCCCCAGUGCUGGGGGGCCCCGGAUACCCCGGGCUCGGCCUCGGUGCUCACUGGCCCACAGGGACCCAGCUCUGGGCCCCCCUGCACCAAAACCUGUGGUUAUCACCCAGGGCCGGCUAAGCCGGGCACACCGGGGCCUCCUGGGCAAGGAGGUGAAGUCCCUGAAUGUAGACCGGCUGCUGAGUGGCCUGGCUGAGGAGGUGAGCAGCCCCCCAGCUGGGGAGACUCCAGCCCCUGAAACAGCAGCAACAGCAGUGACAGCGGCGGCCGCAGCAGCAGCAGCAGCAACACCCCUGCCCCUAGCCUGGGGAGAGGAGCCCACCUUAGGGCUUCCACCAAAGGGCAAAGAGAAUGAAGCUCCUGGAGGACCUACCCCAGAGCCCCCCAGCCCUCGAACACUGCUGGAGGAGCUUCAAGGCCAGCUGCAUCUUCCUGGAGCCUUCCCUAGGCGCUGCCUGGUCCAGGAAGCCCGAGCAGAGAUUAUCGGGGCCCUGUUGGCCCACUAUGGGGAACUGCCUGACCUUAGCCAGGUCCUUAGGGGCCUCAGGGAGCAGGGAGCAGGGCCAGAGCCUCAGAGCCCAGAGGAGUGGCAGAUGGUGCCCCAAGAUCGAGAACCCCCUGAUCAGCAGGCUCUGGUGGAAAGCAGGAGGAGGAGGCGGAGGAAGGGGAAAAGGGAACUCAUGUUUACCUUGGGAGCCACCCCAAGCCCACCUUCCACUGAGAAGAGCCUGGUGCUGCCCCCGGACCCAUGGGUCCCCUCACCCUCACCCCCACCCCUACCCCUUGGAUCUGAGCGUGGAGAGACUACUUGGGGCCCUCAGACAUCAUUUGAUGUCCUGAAGAGCAUCUGGCUGCCUGCUACCCCACCAACGUGUGCCCCGCCAUGGCAGUGGGGAGCCGGGGGUACUGCCCACCCACCUGCUUGCUUACCUAACUCAGAGGCCCUGGACUGGAGCCCUAGCCCCCCAGCCCCAAUGCCUGGACUGCCCUGGUUUGUGUCCAGGAGCAGCCCAGAGCCCUGGACUUUCCCCCGGAUGAGGCUCUAUUGAGAGUGGGAGCCCCUCCCCCAAUGCACCCCUCCAUAAAGGACCUUGUUGAGAGGAUUCUCAUCUCUGGGAGAUGGCAGUGGGACAGGGGAGAAUUAGCUCCCAUUUCUUCUUGGUGCUUUAAUGUUCAAUAAUUUCAAUAAAAAUGUAUGAAGGGCUCA